AAAGUGUUGAAUCCCAAUCAGCGACAAAUGCUGGAUGAUGAACGUCGCAUCGCGAAGAAAAUCAAAUUGCUGAAUGAACAUCAGGGAUCAGCGUCGAAAGUUUUUUUGAGGGCGCAAGAGCAAGAAAACGACCCUGAACUCCUGGAUUACCAUGAUAGCUUCUACAAGACAACGAAAAGUCUGCUGGUGUUAUUCCAAAUUAUGGGCAUCAUGCCGAUCAUGAGAAGCCCUUCAGGCACAAAUCUGCCCAGGACGACUUUCCACUGGAAGUCCAGGGCGUUCAUUUGGGCGUACUUCAUAUACGGACUGGAGACAAUUGUGGUUGUCUGGGUGGCUCGCGAGCGUAUCGCCAGAUUCUUUUCCACUACGGACAGGCGCUUCGACGAGGUGAUCUACAAUGUGAUCUUCAUGAGUAUCCUCCUGCCUCACUUCCUGUUGCCGGUGGCGUCUUGGCGCAAUGGCUCAGAAGUGGCCAAAUUCAAGAACAUGUGGACCGACUUUCAAGUGCAAUAUCUCCGAGUCACCGGCACUCCAAUCCUCUUUCCCACUCUCUAUCCGCUCACGUGGGCGCUGUGCUUUGUCUCGUGGGGUCUCAGCAUUGCCAUCAUCCUCUCGCAAUACUAUCUGCAGCCGGACUUUCAGCUCAGCCACACUUCUGCUUACUAUCACAUCAUUGCCAUGCUCAAUGGCUUCUGCAGUCUUUGGUACAUCAACUGCACAGCCUUCGGCCUAGCUAGUCGAGCACUGUCCAAGCACUUGAUUGACACACUGAAGAGCGAGAAGCCGGCAGAGAAACUGACGGAGUAUCGUCAUCUCUGGGUGGAUCUCAGUCAUCAAAUGCAGCAACUCGGACGCGCCUAUUCCAACAUGUACGGCAUCUAUUGCCUCGUGAUCUUCUUCACUACAAUCAUAGCGACCUAUGGUGCCUUGAGUGAGAUCCUAGAUCGCGGUGGAACCUUCAAGGAGCUGGGACUCUUCGUCAUCAUGAUCUACUGCAUGAGUUUGCUCUUCAUCAUCUGCAAUGAGGCUCACGCGGCCACAAAGAGUGUCGGCCUAGAUUUUCAGGACGUACUGCUCAACGUUAAUCUCACAGCCGUGGACAACGAUACACAGCGCGAAGUUGAGAUGUUCCUCGUGGCCAUUUCUAAAAAUCCGCCAACGAUGAAUCUGGACGGCUUUGCCACCAUCAAUCGUGAGCUCAUCACCAGCAACAUUUCCUUCAUGGCGACUUACCUGGUGGUGCUGAUGCAAUUCAAGCUCACGCUGCUUCGUCAAGCGGCCAGGACAAAUUUCCUGGCCUCCCUAAAGAGUAAUGUAACCUUGCAGAGAGUUGUUGAUUGAGAAGAUAUUUAAUA